ACAGGUCCUUUAAAUACUGAUAUCAUCUUGUAAACAUGGUCACAGUGAUAACUGAAAUAAGGAGUGGGCGUACUCUUUUCAACGCUUUAUUUAACACCGCUCAACACUUGUGGCAUACAUCUCGACCUCUGUACUUCUCUUUCAGCAUAUCCCUCCACCACACAGCACCUGCAUCUAUCUAGUGCACACAAUCUCACAGUGACACAUAGUGGUCAGGAAGUGUAACAAGUUAACAACAGUUAUAAAUCAUGUCUGUAAACACAACAAUAAUGAAAACCCAGUUCACCAUAUUUUGUGUGUGCAACUACAACAUGUAAGAUGCAUACAAUUCCAUCUGUGCAUAAAAAAAUAGGCUAAAAAAAAGGAAAUGGAGCUGUUAUGCGGUUAUGUGUGAUGAGUUCGGAGCGAGAAUGUGUUGAAUGCAGGGACGUCUCAGUAAAAAAAACAACCACUUUUUUGUGAAAUAAUCCCUUGUGGGAACACAGCAAUGACUCACUAAAUCAUAACUGGUUUUGUUGGUCUUUAACAGUGGUCUGCAGCUUUGCAGGCUCUCGCCCUACUGUAGGUGACACACCAUCCACCAUCCCCUCCACCUUAGUCAGUUCAAAUAUUACAUCACUUUAGAAAUGCUGAUAUGAUACAUAUAAAAUUUGCAAAUGCACCUUAUCUUAGGUUUGCAGAAAUGUACAAUGCCAACAUUUUGUUCUGGCAACCAGAUUAAAUUGAGGCAGGGAUGUCUCUGGUCAACGACUUGGCAGCUCCUCACUGGUUUUAGACGCUUACGUGAUGCCAGGUGAUGUCUCGAGUGUGUGCAGCGAGAAAGCGUCAUUAGCCAAAUCUAUUUGCGUGUGAAUCUUAGUGGAAAAUGGUCCCACCACGCCAGAUGUCUCUCCUGAGGGCCUCCGGGGCCGGAGCGGGACAGCAGCCAGCAGGGUUAGAGUUUAACUAAACCCAUUUAGCCCUGUACAGUACACAGACACAGUCUUAGCUGCUUGUGUCUUAUAUUACUGUAUAGAUUUUGAUAAACUUGUGUGAAGAUUUACUGUUUUUUUUCCUUUUAAUAAUUGUAAUAUAUAAGUAAUAAUGUUGAGGUUUGAACUAUUGGUUUGACAAAACAAACAUUGUGAAGUGUCAUUUUGGACUCUGGGUCAUUGUAGAGGGAUUUCUCACUAUUUUUUACUAUUUAUAGAAACCAAACAAUCAAACGAUGGAGGAAAUAAUCAGCAGAUUAAUCCAUAAUAAAAAUAAGCAUUAAUUAAUAGUUCAAAAUGAGCUCCCCCUCAACCAACUAAUGCAUGAGCAAUUAUAAUUUAAUGAGAUCAUAAUAUUAUAACAGUCCCACUGAAUAUGUGCAGUAGUGUUUCUCCCACUGGCCCAGCCUGCAAGUUCUCCCUCAUCUUAUAGACUUUACAUUGUGAUGACGUCACAGAUUUUUAAAUCAUUUUUCUUAGCUUGAGUAAAGUUUUAAAAAUAUAGCCACCAUGGCCCAAAAAUUCAGAAUAGAAAGAAUGAUUCUUGGGCAGCAGGAGAUGUUUUUCACUGCAAUACCAUGAGUGACCACUGGGAAAAAUUGGCUGCGUAGCUGAGCAGGCCUGGUAACAGUACAGUAGCUAAAGGUGCUCUAACUUCCAUUUAACAGGGACUUCAAAUCCCAUCAUGCAUCAGAGAUGACUGUGCUUGAUUGAUAAGAUAAUCUUUUCUUUAAUUUGUUUGCUUUAAAGGAGUUAAUGGAAACAUGUUAUUUAAAGGUAGUUUUGCCAGCUUGGACUUUUUGACAGCCAAGUGACCCCGGUAGAAGUCACCUUAUUUGGCUUGGAGGGUGGAGCUGUGGAAGAGCGAGGGAUGGAUCUGACUGAGACACUGAGUUAACGCCUCGCAAACAGCCUGUCACUCAAAGCUGCCACGCCCUUUAUUAUGGAUAAUUUUAAGCCUUAAUAAAAUUGAAAAAGGUGAGUUAUUAAAAAAAGCCAUCCCCUGUACUGCUGGCAUUAAUGUUGAAAUUGGUUAAAGAGACUAAAAUUGUUUUUGUACCAUGCUGUGAACAUGUUUAUUUCAGCUGUAAGGUUGGGAUUGACUCACUCUUGGAGCCAGCCUCAAGUGGCCAUCAGAGGAACUGCAGUUUUUGAAAUUCUGUCUUGGCUUCAUUUUUGAGCCAUUUAAAGCUGAGUUCAUUUAUCUAUGUUUAUGUAUUUAUUCCCUAAUUAUGUAAGGUUUGGGACAUCAACCCCUAUCAAGCCUUAGUUUAGAAAUUCUUCUUGAUUAAAAAUGAUAAAUACAGUAAUUUAUCUUCCUGUUUUCUCGGCAGUGAGCCAGCAGGCAGACGGCUGGGACAAGGGUCAAUCCCAGAGAGGCAACAACAGCAACGGAUGAGCAGUGGUAGGGUAUGUGCUGCUGUGUUUGUGUGUCUAUAGACUGUAAGUGUGUGUGUGUGUGUGUGUGUGUGUGUUAGGGGGAGGGACAAGCGAGACCUGAUAACGCUGUGAGUGUCUCUGUCCCUCUGCAUUAGUUGAAGGCAUUUUAAGGACACUGAUGAGAACAGAGAGAUCGAGCUGGAUGUUUUAGCAACAGUUAAACUUUCUUAACUCUACUAUGAGGCACUGUGGAAACAUUACAUGAUACUGGAUGUAACUGGACAAUGUUGGCUGAUAAGAUUCUUCUUCUUGUGGUAAUCAAACUUAUUUUCUGUGCAUUUUUUCUAAUGGUUUCUAAUGGUCUUCAAAUACGGCCAUAAAGGAUAAAAUAAAUUUCUGAAUGCAACAAUGUUAUCCCAUCUCAACUGCACACAGGCUUUGUGAAUUUUACCUUAAAAUCAUCGGAUUCUUGUUAUCAACAUGUCAUAUUUGAGUGGACAUGUGAACGCUGAGGCCACCGUGAGGAUGACACCUGACAGCAUGGACUCCAGUGAGCCGGGAACCUCAAGCGAGGUGAGGCCUCGGGUGAUGGGGGUGAUCCUGAGCAUCGCCUCCUGCCUCAUCAUCUCCACCAACCUGCUGGUGGCAGUUGCUCUUCUUAAGCUACUCCUGAAGAAGAGAAGCCAGAGCUGGUGCUUUGUCCUCAACUUGGCACUGGCCGAUGCCCUGGUGGGUGUGGCCAUCACUGGCUUGGCCACAGAGGACCUCAACAACAACAACAUCAGUCAGAGCCAGCUGAGCUACGUUAAUUCUGAUCCUACCACAAACACAACCCCUCCUGCUCAGGGCAAGACCCGGUGUUUGAUGCGGAUGGCCUUUGUGACAUCGCCCUGCACAGCCUCCAUCAUGUCCAUGUUCCUGAUCUCACUUGACCGCUACGCAGCCAUCAAGAUGCCCCUGCGGUACUCCCAGCUGUCUGGGAAGGGGACAGCACUUGGGUCACUGCUGGCUCUGUGGAUCAGCUCCCUCACUGUGGGAUUCUUGCCAGUCAUGGUGCGGCAGCUGCAGACAGAAGGAUACGGCGGCUUCUGCGCCUUUUUCUCCGUCAUUCACAAGGUGGGCAUGAUUGUGUUAUUCAGCGCGUGCUUCUUCCCCGUGCUCUCUGUAUUCGUUUACAUCUACCUGGACAUCCUGAAGAUCGCCUGCAGCCACCAGAAGCAGAUCUGCCAAGUCAGGCAAGCUGGUUCCAGGACGGCUGACCGCCAUGGCCAUCAACAUUACGAGCAUCAUCACCAGCAGCUGAGGAGCCACUACUGGAGCCACGUCAAGGCCCUGAGGACAGUGGGGGUGCUUGUGGGCUGCUUCUUGGUCCUCUGGUGCCCGUUCUUUGUGGCGUGCAUUGUGCACCUUCUGUGUGAAAGCUGCCAACUCACCAACGUGUUGGAGAAUUAUCUGUGGCUGUUGGGACUGUCCAACUCGCUGAUCAACCCACUGGUGUACGCCUUUUGGCAAAGGGAGGUACGGCUGCAGUUGGCAGCCAUGUUUUCUUGCUUUACAGGCAGGACAUUGGCUGCUGGACCACCAGGUGUCACAGAAACAUGUGACCCGCAGCCAACUGUGCUGACUCCAGUUGGUGCUUCUGCUGGAGACACCCUCAACCCUUCGCUGCUGCGGCCAAUUAUCAGCAACGAUAAGGCUCACACUGUGCCACGAUCUGCCACAACCAGCCUGUGAGAGACACUUGGAAAUAGAGGCAACAACAACAACAAUAAAAAGAUUUGCUCCACAGUUCCCAGUGAAGCUGGAGGGUCAAAAGCAGCAGGAAGCAGGAACAGAGUUCAGCGGUCCAGUUUCACAGACUUUGACAUGAGCUCCUGAUAAGUCUGCAAGGGUUCAGGCCCAUCCCACUGUGGAAUCAGUGCCCGAGGGGUGCUCACCGACUUUUUGAGCCCUUUACGCACACUUAGUGCAAGUCUGCUAUCCCUCAGAGACUUGUCGAGGACACUGCCUGUGUGCAGCUGGAGGAGAAAACCCAAAAGGCACUUGGCUGUCAUGUUAUAAAAAGGGAUGAUUGAAGAAAGUGAA